AUGGGUGCAACAUGUAGUAAUACUUGCUGUACUAAUGAUUAAGAAAUCACUAGUAAGGGGGGUAAUGAUAAAUAAGAGGUUGUAUUAUCAAAAAACAAAUCAUUAAAAGAAAGCCAAUAAAGAAAUAAUAAAGAAACCGAGAGAUUUAACGCUGAUAAUGAUUAAGGCAAAUCUGAUGCCAGCAUUAGUAGUAUAAAGAAAGAGAAUUAACUCAUUUAAAGUACGAUUGGAAAAAUGUAGAGAGUUCAAUUAGAAGGUAAGGAUUUAGUUCAAUUUAGAAAUCACUUUUUCAGAUGGAACUACAUAUAAAGGAGAAUGGAUGAACGGAUUAAAGGAUGGACAAGGUGUUCUUAAAUGGCCUUCAGGUAGUAUCUAUUCUGGCACUUUCCUUGAAGGCAAACUCAAUGGCAAAGGCAAAUUAAUAUUAGAUGACGAAGAUUAUUAUGAAGGUGAAUGGAAAGAUGAUAAAUGUAAUGGAUUUGGUAUUUAUGUUUGUAAAAAUGGGGCACGAUAUGAAGGAAAUGUAUCAUUAUUUGAAAUAUUAAUAAGUGGAAAAAUGAUAAGUAGCAUGGAAAGGGUAAAGAAGUAUGGUAAGAUGGAAAUUCAUAUGAGGGAUUCUAUUAUGAUGGUAGAAAACAUGGUUAAGGGAUUUUAAAAUUCUCUAAUGGCACUAUUUAUGAGGGAGAUUUUUCGAAUAAUGAAUUAGAAGGAUAAGGAACAAUGACUUGGGCAGAUAAAAGAGUAUAUAAAGGUUAAUGGAAAAAGUCUAAAAUGAAUGGUUAUGGAGUAUUAACCUUUCCAGACGGAAGGGUUUUCAAAGGAGUAAUUGUGAUAUAAUUUUAAUAGCAUUUUUAAGAUGAUAAAAAGAAUGGUGUUGGAGAAUUUACAUGGAAUGAUGGUAAGAAAAUGAUAUCUACUUGGAAUAAUGGUAAAUUUAUAUACAAAUUAGGCAAGUAAAAUGGUAUUGGUAUUUGUACAAAUGGUGAUCGCAAAAUAGGAUAUUGGGAAGAAGGAAAAAGAACUAAAUGGCUUGAUGAACAAGAAAAGAAAUUACAUUCUGAAUCCAUUUAAUAAUUAGAACUAGUAAAAUUUUUAUGA